UCUCUUAAACCCUAAGAAAAGCCUCAUCUUUGCUACUCUGCUCCCGUGUUCUUCGUUUCUCUGUGUCAAUGGCUCGCCUCCUCAGAUGUCUGAGAAGAACUGUAAUAUUUAGUUCAUCGCCUUCGAUUUCGUACCUAAACCCUAGAAUAUGUGUUGUUCAGUCAAAUCAAAACCCUAGUUUCUUAAUUAGCCGUAAGUUUCUCAGUUCGGGGAGUUACGUAUCAGAAAUGAGGAAAUCAGCUUUCGAGGGUAAUAUUCUCCGAUUAAUUCGUUCUGAGAUUCAGUCCGAGCUCGAUCACUCGCCUAUUCUUCAGCUUGAGGACAGGUUUGGUCCAUUCACGGUGGAUGAGCGGCCAGGAGAGCAGUGGAUUAGCUUGAGAAGAAAAUUUGGGGACAAGGAAGAUAUUAAGAUUGAAGCAACCAUGUUUGAUGGAUCAGUUCCAUCAUCAAAAUCUACUAGCAGCGACCCUCAAGAUGUUCAGCUUCAUAUUACUUUCAUUGUCAACAUCUCUAAGGAUGAUGGUGAGACCUUAGAGAUCAUGUGUUCUGCUUGGCCUGAUACUAUACAGAUCUCCAAGUUCUUUGUUCGUAAAAGCAGCAAGAACUCACCUAAUGCCUAUAUUGGACCAGAAUUCCAGGAAAUGGAAGAUGAGCUUCAAGACUCGGUUUAUCGAUUUUUGGAGGAAAGAGGUAUAAGUGAUGAUCUUGCUGAGUUCUUGCAUCAGUACAUGAAGAACAAAGAUAAAGCUGAGUACAUUAGAUGGAUGGAGACUGUUAAAUCUUAUGUUGAGCAAAAAUAAAAUUUUCUGCUUACCACAUUCUUAUUCAUCCAAUGUAUGUUCCCUUGGAUAUAUGGCUUAGAUAGAAUUUUAUUGGCAUGGUUCUUAGUUUCCAGAGGUAUGUGACAUUUAUGGAUCAAAAUAUGGAUUAGUUGCGUACAUAGUUAUGAUAAGGAAUAUAUUAAAGCCGUAUUG